AUGCAACGAGCGAAAAGCAUCUACUCCCUAGUGACUACAACAAAUGAUACGAUUUGUGGACUGCAUGGCGAGGGCGACAGUCUCCCUGCCUCCCCUCCCCCACUUCUCUUGCUUCUACUAGAAUCGAGGGCCACCGCUCUUCCUCCCCCCACUGCAAUCAAGGCGACUGAACCGUCGCUCUCACGCGACGCUGCGCGGCCCUCUAGGCGCGACAUGGCCUCUGCAAGCAUGGCGGCAAUUGCGGCAGGAUCGAUUUCUGCAUCGUCUCUUUCCUCCCAAUGCGUAUCAUCUGAUUCGUCGUGUGCGCAUCAGUCCCGCGCAACCUCACCGCUCUCCGCCAAAUGCGCACUCUCUCCCCGCCGCGCGCUCAUUCCGUGUAAACGGCUUCAGUCGCCACGUCAGCGUCAAAACCAAGCCGCAACUUUUGCGAGACGAUUAUUCACGCCCGUAGCAGCCUCAGCUGCCGCUGCGGCCGCCUUUUUAGACAGAAACGGCGCGAGUGCUACUCGCGACGAAAUCUCCGCGUCAGCGAGCUUCGUUUGUAAUGAGUCUGUUUUUGAGUCGACUCAAAAACAGAGCUUCGUCCCGCUUCAGACCCGUAGCUCCGACACUGUAGAUGCCGCGCCUCCGCAAGUCUUGCAAAUACAUCAGAAUUCCCUCCCAGACUCCCGCGCUCCGCUCCCGCGGCUGCCUUCCGCCCUUCCCGCGCUCCUCCUCGUCGCAGCCGCCGCGCUUUUCCCGCUCUUCCUCUCCCUCGUCUCCCCCUUCCCCGCAUUAGCCGCCGACCCUUCCGCAACCGGCGCCGCGGCUGGCGCGGCGACGUCCAUAGCCAAGUCGGGUCUCGGGCUGCGCGUCGCGGCGGCGCUGCGCGAGUCGCAUUGGCCCGAUGCGGCGAUCGUGACCUUCAUCGCGUCGCUGCCGGUGGUGGAGUUGAGAGGCGCCAUACCCGUCGCGUACUGGAUGGGCAUGGAGCCGGUAGUAGCUUCCUCGCUAGCCGUCCUUGGCAACAUGGUGCCAGUGCCGUUCCUCCUCACCCUGCUCGGCCCAGCCAUCACCACUCUCGCCAACCUCAACCCGCAAUUAAAAUCCCUCCUCAACUCCUUCCUGGACCACUCCCGCGCCAAGGCCGCCCCCAUCGCCGAGUUCCAGUGGCUUGGCCUCGCUCUCUUCGUAGCCGUCCCCCUGCCCGGCACCGGAGCAUGGUCUGGAGCCAUAGGCGCGUACAUUCUCGGGAUGCCGUUUUGGGAGGCGCUGACUGCGAAUCUGGCGGGUGUGGUGCUGGCAGGGGUGCUCGUGAACCUGCUUGUCACUCUGCCGCUGCAGCAGGCGCUUGGGUUGGCGGUGCUGCUGCUGGGGUUCUCGUCAGUGUGCUGGUCGCUUCUAAGAUGGAUCCGGAAAAAGCUGGCUCUUUAG